AUGAGUGAGGAGACAAAGGAAGGUGAAGUUACAACAUCAGUAGGUACAGCCAUAACCUGUAAGGCGAUUGUUGCCAUGGGUUCGGUGGCACUUCAUAUUAUGUUUUUCCAACUUGAGGUUAUAUCAGCUCAAGUUGCUAUAGCAUUUAAUAUACCCGUACAAACAACCAGUAUUUAUCUCGAAAAGUUGUUUGGUAUUAGAUUCCUUGGAUUUGUGCUAGGGGUAACAACGGAGUACAUAAUAUUUAGAAUAUAUUCUGAAAUAAAACCAGAUCAUGCCAAUUGGAACCGUGUAUACAUUAAUGAGACAGCAUUCGGAUUAAUGUUAUUUGCAAGAAUAAUAUUAUUUAUUGUAACGAUGUGUUCAUCGAAUCUAGCAUAUCAUGUUUAUUUUGCUUUGGCUUUCGAAUCAUUUGCACUAGGAUCAGUAGGCGGAUCUAUUUUUGCUGUCGUUCCUCAACAUGUUGCAGUUCAUGUACUGUUUGCUCAUUUAUCACGGCUAUUAACUUUCCUAGUUCAGUUUUUCUUAGAUAUAGCCUAUAAAGAGUCGCUACCAAAAAUUAAGUUUCAAUUCUUCUUUUGUGUUAUCUUAAAUGCUAUAGCGUGCGGAUGCUUCUAUUACUAUCAUCACAAACUUGGAUGUUCGGAUUUACUGAGACCAGCUACGCAAGAGGAGAAACACAAGGAAAAGGAACAGAAAAACAAAGGGGUAAACGGUACAAGUGGAAAUAAUAACGGGAGUUCAAACGGAAAUGGAGGUGGAAAUGGAGAAAAUGCAGGGAUGUAUACAAAAGAUCCACCAGAGAAGAAAAAUUUUAUUGAGACGUUUGGUGCGGCCGCAUCUCCCUUUUUGAUGUAUUCCAUUGGAUCUGUGCUGUUUGACACUCUUUUCCCUGGUAUACUACCAUACGCAUUCAUUUCAAGAGAGAGAGCACAUAUGGUUAACAUGAUAUUGCCCAUAGCUGGUAUGACUGGUCCCGUUCUUCUGUUUAUUCUGGAAUCUGCAGGGAAGUUUGAUAAAUGGCAUGAUGAAUUUGAUAUAGCGUGGCUAUGGGUAAUUCCAAUGACAAUCGUAUUUAUAUAUUCCAUAUUAGCCGUACACACCAGAAUACCAUCCGCCAGAAGAAUUAUUAAUAAUAGGCCCGUAAUUUUGGCUAUGACAUUUACAGGAGCAUUAGGCAAUAGCUUUAUGGAUCCGCUGAGCUUUGCAGGAGUUGCAAAAAAGCUGUUCUUGUCGGGAUUUAUUCCCGAUAUUGGAGUUCUUAUGUUUCAUCAAUUUUUCUGUAUAUCAAUCAGAUUCUAUCAUUAUAAGAUUUCUGUCGGAUACAAUGUUACUAGAAUUGACCUAGGAUAUAUCCUCCCUAAAUUUAGACCUAAUCACAGAAUGUCUAAAUGGAACACAUUCUGGUAUGUGCUGAGAACCACAUUUAAAAAAGCUGGAAGAGAUGCAAUCAGUGAUAUGACAAUGAACGUCAAAGAGUACCUCUAA